AUGUCUAAUACAAUAAUCACUUCAAACUAUGAUGCUUUAAAUUUUUCUGAAAAUGAAUCUGACAAUUGUUUUACAGUAGAAAAUUCAGUGAUUGCUACUAAUUUUAAUUCGGAUGUUCAUAACUUUGAAAUUGAUAUUGAAUCAUAUCAAGAUCCGGGAAUGUGGCCUUUAGUGUUAAACAACACUUUUAUAGAAUUAUGCUGCUUAAAAGGACCAGCAUUUUUUCAGAAUAUGGAUCCAAAAAAAUGUCAUUCUUCCGAAAAAAAAUUUAAAAAUUAUCAUCGCUCAUUAAAUAUCUCAUUAUUCGAAUUAAAAUUGCCUAAUGGUGAAAUACACUCACGUAAAUGGCUUAUGUUUUCUGAACAAACUCGCAACGUUUACUGUUUUGUUUGUAAACUAUUUAAUAAAUCAAAUAAUUCAAGUUUUAUUAAUCCUGGUUUUAACAAUUGGAAAAAAUUUUACGAAAAAGUUAAAGAACAUGAAAAUAGAGCACACCAUCGUAAAUCAAUGUUAACUUGGUUAGAUCGUGUAAACACUAAACAUCGAAUAGACAAAACUAUGGCCGAAAAAAUGUUGAAUGAAAAAAAGUAUUUGGUUAAAGUGUUGCACCGUGUAGUAUCAGUUGUUAAAUUUUUGGCUGUUCGUGGGUUAGCAUUUGAAGAAAUAACUAAACAGUUACAAGAAACUAAAUACUUCGGUAUAAUUUUAGAUUCUACUCCAGAUAGAGCACAUAGAGAUCAAUUUGCUGUUGUUGUUAGAUACUGUUAUAAAGGGUUAGUUGUUGAGUGA